UAUAUCACAUAUACAAUUUCAACAAUGGGAAAAGUUCAUCCCCAAGCAUUGCAUUCUUCUACUACUUGCCAUCUCACUUCCAAGCAAGAGACGUUCACUCUAUGGAUGAAAUCUCUGGUUCUGAAUGGAAAGGGAUGCACAGUCUUUGAUUCAAAUGGCCAAAUUGCCUAUCGAGUUGAUAACUACAAUUGCAGUCAUAGAAAUGAAGUUCAUCUCAUGGAUCAAAAAGGCAAUGUUUUGUUCACAAUACUAAAAAAGCUAUGUAAGUUCUCCAGGUUUUGGGAGGGUUACAGAUUCCCAGCCACAAAGAAUGAGCACAAAGGACCAAGCUUUCGUGUUUACCAAACUCAUAGAAUCUCCAAAGGGGAUUCAACUUGUCAAGUUGAACUUGGAUUGGACAAAAAUCAAUCAUAUACUUACAAAAUAGAAAGCAUCACUUGCAAGUCAGCUUGCAAAAUAACUGAUGAGUUUGGAGUGAUGGUUGCAGAGCUAAGGAGAAAGAAGUCAAAUUGUGGAGUUGAUUUAGGAGAUGAUGUUUUCACAAUGGUUGUGGAGCCAAACAAAGAUCUUUCUCUAAUCAUGGGUCUUGUGGUAACUUACAGCCUCAUCAACUAUAGAAUGUGACUAUUUUGGAAGCAACAGAGUACACAAUGGCAACAUCAAUCUUGAGGAAGUUUUUCAGCUUUGUCAAACCGAGUUUCAAGUUUAAGCUUAAUUUGGAAAUGGCUGUGAAUGUCCAAGCUCAAAAUGACUUUGUUUGACACCAAAUGAUCAAAUAGACCACUUGUUAUUGUUACUAUUUUUGGGUGAAAAAUGCUUUCACUUAUGCUGUAACUCAGAAGGCAAUAGUGCUAUGUUUUUUCCCUGGACUGCAAACCAAGUUGCUGAGAGAAUAUGGAAAUUGGUUUUAGCAGCAGGUUGCAAUUUGCAAGUGUUCCUUUAGAUCAUUAGAUGGUUUGGGAAAAGUGUUUAGUACCCAGAAAUCACUUUUGUUUUGUACUUGACUGAUGCUGUUUUCUUUUCCCCUUUUAUUUUGUCAUCUGAUUGAAUUCUGUGAUAUAUCCUUUUUGUAAUGAAAUGCAGUGUUUGCAUACCUACAGUAAUUUAUCAUGAAGUCUCUUUGUAUAUAAUA